CCAAGUGAGUGAGCGAGUUAGUGAGAGAGGGAAGCACUGCUGCGACCCUAUGUUCUUUGUUAAUGCUUGUAAAAUAUCUACAGAGGCAACGCCUCUAGAGAGUUUGUCUUUUUCCUGUGGUCAGAGGAAGCUCAGUCAGUGUUCGUACCAGGGGUGCUUCCAUGGAUUUUGGGCCUUGUGAAAAGAAAUACCGUAUUACUGGACCCAGGGCUGCUAAAGGUUUCCUCAGGUUAAAUGGUUUCCAUACAACCCGUGGAAGUUGUAUUUUGGUUUACAGUGUUUUACAUCCACAUCAAAGUUGCAUGUCCAGUCAACCACAAUGCCAAUGGCUCCUCCCUUUCAUAGUAACAACACAAAAACCAACCUGUGGUGGAAAGACAUAGUCGGCCACAUCCCACACUCUCUCCUUUCCGGUCACAUUGGUGUAGCCCACUCCUUUCAUUUUGGUGAAGACUGAGCUGACGGCCGUGUCUGUGGACUGGUAGCCUUUCUCGUAGAUGAACACCCACCUGCCCGGGACGCAAGAUACAAUGGGUCAGGGCUGUCAUCACCUCAGACUCCAGCUACACCCUUGCCAAGCAUCUGAAUCCACAGACACGACAACGAGUGCUCUCAGGAAAUCUUGUCUUCUGGAUCAUGCCCUUCGACCCCGACCAUCCUCCGGCUAAAAAAUUCAAGCCGGGGUCUGUUUUUUUCCGCCUCGACAAGCAGAAACCUGGCAUGCUGCUGCCUGGGAAGGCAAAAGCGACCACACCAAUUGAUGUCCAAAGGAAACAGCUUCCCAUUUACCAAGCGAGAACUCAGCUCUUGAGUCAACUGAGACAGCUUCACAAUGCUAUUCUCAUCGGGGAGACCGGCUCAGGGAAGACCACCCAGAUACCUCAGUAUCUUUAUGAAGCUGGGAUUGGACGGCAGGGCCUAGUUGCCAUAACUCAGCCUCGCCGAGUAGCUGCAAUCUCACUUGCAGGGAGGGUUGCAGAGGAGAAGAGGACGCAGCUUGGCAAGUUGGUGGGCUACACCGUGCGUUUUGAGGAUGUCACAUCCACAGAAACGAAGCUGAAGUUUAUGACUGAUGGCAUGCUCCUACGGGAGGCUAUUGGUGACCCCUUACUGCUGCGCUACACUGUGGUCAUACUGGAUGAAGCGCACGAACGCACCGUGCAUACAGAUGUGCUGUUCGGAGUUGUUAAGGCAGCUCAGCGCAGGCGUAAAGUACUUGGCAAGAUUCCUCUGAAGGUCAUAGUGAUGUCAGCUACAAUGGAUGUGGACCUGUUCUCUGAAUACUUUAACAACUCACCUGUACUGUACCUGGAAGGCAGGCAGCAUCCCAUUCAGAUCUACUACACCAAGCAAGCUCAAUCUGACUACCUGCAAGCUGCUCUUGUCACUGUGUUCCAGAUACACCAGGAAGCACCUCCAUCACACGACAUAUUGGUGUUCAUGACGGGCCAGGAAGAAAUCGAGGCGCUAGCCAGGACUUGCCGGGACAUUGCCAAGCAUCUGCCGGACAACUGCGGCCCGAUGGUAGUCAUCCCUCUGUACGCAUCGCUGCCUCCGACACAACAGCUCAGGGUUUUUCAAGCAGCACCAAAGGGUUGCAGGAAGGUUAUCUUGUCAACCAACAUAGCAGAGACAUCCGUUACGAUAUCUGGGAUCAAAUAUGUUAUUGAUACUGGGAUGGUGAAGGCCAAACGUUUUAAUCCUGACAGUGGGUUGGAGGUCCUGGCAGUGCAGCGGGUCUCAAAAGCGCAGGCGUGGCAGCGAGCAGGCCGAGCAGGAAGGGAAGACUCAGGAAUUUGCUACCGUCUCUACACAGAGCAGGAAUUUGAUAAUCUCAUUCCUAUGAGUGUGCCUGAGAUUCAGAGGUGUAAUUUAGCCAGUGUGAUGCUACAGCUAAUGGCUCUCGGGAUUCAAGACGUUACAAAUUUUGAUUUCAUGUCCAAACCUUCUCCAGAUGCUAUCCGCUCAGCGAUGGAGCAUUUGGAGCUGCUUGGUGCUGUAGAAAAGAACAAUGGACAGGUUGUCCUUACUCCUUUGGGGAAGAAGAUGUCAAGUUUCCCCUUGGAACCAAGAUUUGCUAAGACAAUCCUGAUGUCCCCCAACUACUCCUGCUCAGAGGAGAUUUUAAGUAUUGUCUCUCUGCUGUCAGUCGACACUGUGCUGUAUAACCCUCCAGCGCGGCGAGAAGAGGUUCUUGCUGUGCGCAAGAAGUUCAUGUCCAGCGAAGGAGAUCACAUGACACUCCUCGCCAUCUAUAGAGCAUUUAAGAAAGUCAGUGGGAACAAGGAGUGGUGUCGGGAGAACUUUGUGAACAGCAGAAACAUGGGUUUAGUGAAAGACGUCCAAAGUCAACUUCGAGAAAUCUGCCUCAAGAUGAACUUGAAGCUAGAGUCAUGUGGAUCAGACACAGGGAAGGUGCGCCAAUGCCUCGCCCACGGGAUGUUCAUCAACGCUGCGGAGCUUCAACCCGACGGCAGUUACUUAGCCCUGGACACCCACCAGUCGGUGGCCAUCCACCCUUCCUCUGUUCUUUUCCAGGCCAAGCCAGCGUAUGUAGUGUUUAAUGAGCUGCUGCACACCUCGCGCUGCUACAUGAGGGACUUGUGUCUGGUGGAUGCGGAUUGGCUGCUUGAGGCAGCACCGGAGUACUUUGGUCGCAAACUGCGUCCUGUUAAGAGCUAAUCACUUGUGUGUAGUGCAUCCCACUAAAACAGGUAUUCAUGUUGUUGUUGACCUAAAGCGAUUUGCAGUUAUGAACAGUUAGACUCAUUCCACUCACUUUCAGUGUGAAUGCUAACCAUGAAAUGAAGAUAACCUUGCUGUUUUAUACGGUUUUAUAGUUCAUUUUAAAUGUUUGGACUGGUCUUGGCUUGUCUCAGUCUUGAUUUCCAAACGUAUUGCGGUGAGUUCUGGUCUUGGGCAAAUAUUGGUCUUGGAGAGUUUGUUUUUGAGCACAGCACGACUAGAAGUUUUAGUGUAAUUGUGACAUGACUGAAGUAUGAUAAGUUAUUGGUACAGGAUAUACACAUUGCAGUACUGUAUAUCACUGUCGAAGGGAUGGUAAAUGGAACGCCGUCGUAAAUAUUCCUACAGUAGGAAUACCAAUAAUAUAAAAAAUUACAAUAUCACGAAAAAGUUUACUUAUUUCCACUAUAAGCUUUCCCAUAAUCUUCAAAUUUCUCUAAAUCAUAAGAUGUAGAAAAGGUUAGUGAUGAUUCACACCACCACACACUUGAGUCUUAAGUCAGUGUCAUUGCAGCACAAAUCUGCAAAAUGAUGUCUCAUAAGCAACUCAAAUUUGCCUGUUGGCUUGAUUAUCCGAUCAUGCAAAAUGUAAAACAUUUCUUCAUGAUUGCUUGUUUGGUAAAAAUAUGGGCUCAACCUCAAAAUAUAUUUUGAGUUCAUAUACUUUUUGCCACGAAUCUACAACUAUGUAGAAUAGAAAUAUUUGAAUCGUAUUUUUUUUGUAUAUGAAAAUAUUCAAAGUUUCAAAGGCAUGUCAAAGUAACAUGAGCUCCCUUUUGUUAUAUCUGCACCCACAUGUGCAUGUUGUUUUGACAGUUUCCAAACGGAGUACUGGAGCUUUCGGGUUGACGCAUGAAUGCAUCUCCAAAUUCUUCCUUUGAAUAUUAUCUGCAUUUAGCUCAGAAGAUAUUUGCUAUGCAUGGAUAUUAUAUGAAAAGAUCUGAUCACUCAGGUCUUUCUCACUUUGUAGAAUGUAAAUCACAGCUUAAGAAGCUUUUGUGAUUUUGUACAUUUUAACUCAGGACGUUACAAUAAAAAAAUAUUCUUACACUGUGGAAACCAUGCGGAAACUACUGCAUGUACUGUUAUAAGAGAUGCACUUGUAGGUGUUGAGAACAGCUGAUGAUAUCUGGUUUUAUGUAUGUAUGUACUGUAUGUACGUACGUAAAUGUGUUGGGGUGUGUGUGCGUGAAGUUAGAACCUUUUUUUUUUCUUACUAAAAACCAAAACAAUAUAUUUGAACAUUGUUGGAAUGCAAGAAAAAAAAAAAAACUUUUUUCCAGUAAAUUCAAAAGUAUGUUUUAAUUGACAUCAUAACAAGAGGUUAACACAGGUUGGUGAACACGUUUGCGUAAAAAAACAAACAAACAAACAAACAGCAAUUUCCAGGCAGUGUGUGCAUUAACGUUGGUAUUUCGGCAAAUGUGGCUUUGUUUUUUUUUUUGUUUUUGUUUUUUUAAAGCUUUUUCUUUCAUGGUGGAGGUGGAGUCUUAUAGAGUUUACAUCAUAAAAGGAUAUCUUUUUUUUUUAAGGUUUUUAAAUCCAAAAACAAAGAGAUGAAAGUUAUUUAUACUGUAACAAGGGCUCUGAAAGUCUGGGGGCUAGAGGAAUCAAGCACGAUGAUGCAGCAAGUGAGGCAGAUGUGGAGCAACUGUACUAGGCUUUUCUGCAGAGGCGACAAGUCAUUUGGGGAGUUUUUAUUGGAUGAAAUAAAAGAGGAGAAAAAGAUUCAGAAAAGUGCAACCUUACCCAAGAUCUCCGGGGGUUGGGAACUGUCUACGGAGGGCGCACAGGCUGAACUCACUAAACACGUGGCUGGA